AUGACCACCAAGUCUACUCCCAAAGACCUCAUUGACUCGUUUCCGCACAGCAAACUCACACCGAUUGCUACCGCGACAACCGAACCCGAUUACUUGUCGCUCCAUCAGCUGCAGUAUGAAAUCAACGACAAUGCGGAGACCCUUUCCUCCACUCUUGGAGACGGCCAACACGGUCACCUUUUUCUCGUAAUUUCCGAAACCGAGUACCUCGAAAUGACCGACGGCGUUCCAUGCAUUCCUCCUGUGCAACCGCCUUUCGACCCAGUUCACGCUGCCAACGCCACAGCUCCUCAAAUUAUCGAAGCUAACCAUCAGAACGACAAACGUCAAAAGCUUUUUGACCUUUACCACAACGCCAUUAAAAUCAACUCCUUGAAGCCAUUCCCAUUGAAUACAUUGAAUCUCUCGGUCAUCCUACACGAGGCUUUAACAAAGUCUCUCCCCUCGAAAUCCUCUCUCAUCUCUGGGAAAAUUUUGCAACUUUUCCAGCAGCUUGACAAAGGCAAUCAGUUUAUCAUCGCGUCUGGCCAAGUCAUGGACGAACGAAUUAUCGCUCGCAUCGGCUACCAGAUCAUCGAAAAAACCGGGCUCUUUGAUCUUGCUUCUCGCGACUGGCAUUAUAAAGAUGAAGCCGAUAAAACUUUGGCAAAUUUCAAAAAACAUUUCCAGAAGGCCAACAAGGAUCUCGCCCUCACCGCCACCAGCAGCUCUGCAGGUUAUCACACCGCAAAUCAGAGUACUGUCACCAAGGGAAAAUCGUAUUGCUGGACACACGGCAUCGUUCACAACACGAAGCACACCAGUGCGACAUGUGAAAAACAGGCCCCGGGGCACAAAACUGGCGCUACCUUGCACGACAAACAAGGCGGGUCGACCAAGACCUAUCAAUACACGCCACCGUCUUCAGUUGCACCAAACACUCCUCCGUUAGCUUCCUCCCCGCCAUUUUUUCCUCCCGACGCCAUUGCAGACACUGGCUGUACCGGACAUUUUUUGAGCACCAACAUUGCUCACAUACACUGCCAACCGACAGUCCCCGGCAUCAACGUGGUCCUCCCUGAUGGUCGCACAAUCACUUCGAGUCACAUCACCGAACUCAACAUUCCCUCGCUUCCGCCGGGAGCUCGUACCGCCCAUAUCUUUCCUGGUCUCUCGAAUGGAUCCCUCAUUUCCAUCGGCCAACUUUGUGACCACGGCUGUACCGCCACGUUCACAUCCGACUCAGUCCGCAUUGAGCUCAAUAACACUGUCGUUCUCCGCGGCGGCCGUUCUCCUUACACCCGAUUGUGGACCCUCGACUCCCCUGUAACGCCAAAUCCUCCCGCCACUGAAUUGCAUGCGCCUUUGCACGACAAAAAUUUUGCGAAUCACCUCGGAGACCACUCAGGGACCCUUGCCGACCGCAUUGCCUUUGUUCAUGCAUCCUUAUUCUCGCCACAACUUUCGACAUGGUGCAAGGCCAUUGACAAAGGCCGCCUCACAACCUUUCCGGACAUCACGUCUGCACAGGUAAAACGGCACCCCCCACAGUCCGUCCCUAUGGUCAAGGGACACCUUGACCAGCAACGGUCCAACCUACGCUCAACCAAGCCCAAGGUCACCCUGUCUGCCUCUGUUGAUCCUGAUGACAUCAAUUUCGACACCAAUCCUGUCGUACAAGACCCUCCAGCCGCCAGGACGCAGUUUUUGUACGCCGAUUUCGCCGAAGUCACCGGAAAAAUUUUUACUGACCCUACCGGCCGUUUCGUUACCACUUCAAGCUCCGGCAAUGCAUACAUGCUAGUGGUUUAUGACUACGAUAGCAAUUUUAUUCAUGUCAAAGCCAUGAAGAACCGCACCGGUCCCGAGAUUUUGAGCGCCUACAAGCGUGCUCACGCCAUGCUGUCCUCCAAAGGUUUGCGCCCCCAACUCCAACGCUUAGACAACGAAGCCUCAACUGCGUUACAACAAUUCAUGUCCUCUGUUGACAUUGAUUUUCAAUUAGCUCCUCCGCACGUGCACCGUCGGAACGCCGCCGAACGGGCAAUCCGCACGUUCAAAAACCACUUCAUUGCAGGUUUGUGCAGCACCAACAAGAACUUUCCGCUCCACCUUUGGGAUUGCUUACUCCCACAAGCCAUCAUGACUCUCAACCUUCUUCGAGGGUCUCGUAUCAACCCAAAUCUGUCGUCCUGGGCCCAACUCCACGGCUCGUUCGACUACAAUCAUACCCCUUUGGCUCCCCCGGGCAUCCGCGUGCUUGUACACGAAAAACCGUCAAUUCGCAGAACUUGGGCCCCCCACGCAGCCGACGGUUGGUACGUUGGCCCCGCCAUGAAUCAUUACCGAUGCUAUCGCGUCUGGGUCAAGGAGACCACCAGCGAACGCAUUUCGGACACUCUGACCUGGUUUCCCAGCCAAGUCAAAAUGCCCAGCACCUCGUCUCGCGACACAAUUGUCGCCGCCGCUCACGAUCUUGCCCAUGCUCUGGCACAUCCCUCUCCUGCGUCGCCUUUAUCACCUCUUUCGGUCAACGAACGCGAAGCCCUCUCGCAACUUUCAGAUAUUUUUUCGAAAGCCGCUAACCCAUCCGCUUCCGAGACCCGGUCACUGAAUCACUUCCGAGGGUGCCGACCGCCACAGCCGCCCUUCCGCAGUCACUUCCGAGGGUGCCUCCCCCGGACUCCGAGGCUGAGACAUACAAGCUUGUCACCUGCAACCCUCGCCAAGCACGUCGUAGGGCCGCUCGCAAACUGA